AUGACAACAUCAAAAUGUUGUUUAAUCUGUUUGGCACUCAUUCUUCCGCCAUUACCUGUAGCUAUAUUAUAUGGAUGUGGUGCUCAAUUCUGGAUUAAUGUUUUACUUUUAUUUCUUUGUUUUGGUAUUCCAGCUAUAAUUCAUGCUUGUGUUGUUAUUUCAGAUUACCAACCAGUACCUGUAUAUUAUCAUGGUAUGCCUCAAGCUGUUGUAGUUAGGCAACCUCAUCAUGUUCAACAUUAUCCAAGACCAUAUCACUAA